GGAGUCUUGUUGUUAAACGCAGCAAGCAGGGCCUGCGGUGGCCAUAGUUGCCGCUGCAUUCGCCAAUGCCCGAAUUGUUUGUGCUGCGGUAGCUUGCCAGGUGUGCGCGCAACCAUCGAUAGUGUAUUUGUUGAACAUCAAUCUGUACUACGUAAAUCUACACGUUUAAGGCCUAGCGUCAGCGAGACCAGUGCACACGCCCGUGUAACGAAGAGUCUGGAGCUGAGCACAUUGCUUUGAAGGCAUUAGGUACUAGGGCACUGCAGUCAUAAUAGCAGCCUCAGGGGCGCUGCGGGGCUAACAGUUAGCGAGAAUGGCCGACCAGGCGCCCCAGGACAACAAGUCAGCGAAGGAUGUGGAGAAGGAGCAGGAGGCCAUGCUGAUGGCAAAAUAUGGUGGCCUGAAGCCCAAGAAGAAGCUCCUACCCAAGGACCACAAGUUUUUUGACUCCGCAGACUGGGCCAUGAACAAGGAGGCGCAGAAAAAGGGCGAGAAGCCUCCCGCGCCGGAGGACCAGCAAGAGACCCUGCCGCCCCGGCUCGAGCCCAUGCCGGUGCCUUCGCGGCGUGUAAGCCACUUGGACCCCCUUGACAAGUAGAGCAGCUUGGCAGGGAAUGGGGGGGCGCAGGAAGUUUGGAUGGUCUGACCGCCUGGGUCCGGGCGUACGUACAUACAUUCGCGAUUCAAGCGCGCAGCGAGCGCAGGUAUGGGGUUCUGGCGGGGUAAGUUAGGGAGUGUCUGACGCUGAGUUAGUAGGCAGCGGACCAGACUGCAACGUGGCAGCUUGGGAAUGGAAUGGCUGACCGCGGAUGCACGGCGCUGUAUCGAAGAGGCUAUUGAUUGUGUGUGCGUGUGUGGCUUAGGCGUGUUUGUAUGGAGAGGAGGUUAAGGCGGACGGAUGCUUGCCAUCUGGAGCACUGGACCGGCAGUGCCGACGAGUCCGGAGAUGCCGCAAGAGAAGUUGACUGGAUGCGUGCCCAACCCCCAUGGGGCUGGUCGCAGACCUAGCGUUCGCCCGCUGUAAAGUGUGGGCACU